AUGGGUGAUUUCAAGACUUGCGUGUUGUGGUCGAAACGAGAAUCCAUAGCCACAAAGCGUGAGUGGUGGCAUACACAAAUUAAAAAACUCGUUGUUGGUGGUGGCGAUAUCUCGCAGGUCCACGUAAAAAACACAGAGCCACACGUUUAUCGUAAGGCCCUUAUAUCUCUUACACACUCUCUCGCUUUCCAUAAUUUUGUCGAUUAUAAACUUAACCACAUGGAUAAUCACUCUCCAAAGCCACAUAAAUGUUAUGUCACUAUGCCGUAUUAUCCUUAUCAUUUUGUAUCACAUUUCUCAUCUUAA